AUGGAUAGCCGCAAUGGGCAGAUUGCAAAAUGCAUCAGCCGCAACAGCUACCCGGCCUCCACCAUCACGUGGUACAAGGAUGAAGAGCCUUUGACUGAAAAUGGGAAAGACAUUGAAAUCCGCCCGAUGCACAUUAUGGAGUCGAGUGGCUUGUACACCGUCCAGAGCACUCUCUUGGCCCAAGUCACCAAAGACGACCGCCAUGCCGUCUUCCACUGCCAGGUCGAUUACAGCCUGAUGGGGGCAAAGCAGACCAUCGUGUCCAAGAACUUCACCAUCAACAUUCAUUACCCCUCGGAGGAAAUCAGCUUUGUGAUCAACGCAUCAAGGCCAGUCGUGAAGGAGGGGGACAGCGUGACCCUCCACUGCAAAGCCGACGGGAACCCGCCCCCCGAGUACACCUUGGUCAAGCUGCAGGAUGGGGAAGAAGAGCCGCUGUCCGAUGUCAGUGGAGGGAAAGUGGUCCUUCGGGAUGUGGACAGGAAUCAGAGCGGGAGCUACCUGUGCAAAGUGCUUGACUUGCAGUCCUUUGCCGAGCUGAACGCCUCGGUGAAUCUCUUUGUAAACUGUAAGUAAAUCUGGGCAGGAUUGGGUGGGGG